GGCAGUCACAGACUAUCUUGUUUUUAUCCUGCGUUGUUUUAUUCCCUGUGGCCCUGUUGUUUUCUAUUAUUAACCAACAAGUUCUUGAUUAGGCUGAAUAUAUCAUAGACCAACUGUUGAAGAACAUCUUUGUAUAACCUUGAGAAAUUGACUACAGGGGGACUCGAUCUACCGAACUUUGGGGGAUUGUGUUAAUUUAUGGUGGAAAUGUUGUAGCUAACGAGGAAGGAAGUCAAGCAGUGAACUGUCACCUGUUUUUGUCACAGCUAACCACCAGCAUCAGAGACAGACACUCUCCGGGAGCACUCAUACGGGAUACAUGGAUCAUAUUCUACAUAACUUUCUUCUCGAGAAUGAAUUCAUUUCUUCUUGUAUAGUGCUUGGACGUUAACAAAACACUAAAGGAAGGGAGAGGACAAUUACCACUUUGAGAGGUUAUUGUAGAAUUUGCUCAUACUGAGGCAUUUAGAAUCAUAAUGUUGAGACAUAUAAAAAGUGUGAGAGAAAUUGACUGGACAGGGCGCCACCGUUCUGCGAACUAUUCACCGGUUGAUAUUGAAAGUUAUCACAGAGGAGCCCGUGUAUGGGUGAGGGACCCUGAGACAGUAUGGAAAGGAGGAGAACUCAUCAAAGACUUCAAGGCUGAAGAUAAGACAUUAGCAGUCGAGCUUGAAGAUGGUGAUACGGCCACAAUCAAGAUCAGGAGCAAAGAAGACUUGCCACCCCUUCGGAAUCCUGAGAUCCUGAUAGGAGAGAAUGAUCUGACAUCACUCAGUUACCUCCAUGAGCCUGCAGUACUCUAUAACCUCAAUGAAAGAUUUAUCAGAAACACAGCCAUCUAUACAUAUUGUGGUAUUGUACUGGUGGCUAUCAACCCAUAUGAACAGUUACCACUCUACGGUGAGGAUGUCAUCCAAGCCUACCAUGGCCAGGACAUGGGAUCCAUGGACCCUCACAUCUUUGCUGUGGCCGAGGAAGCCUUCAAGAGAAUGGCACGAUUUGAGCAGGACCAAUCUAUUAUCGUCAGUGGUGAAAGUGGAGCAGGGAAGACGGUAUCUGCCAAGUAUGCUAUGAGAUACUUUGCUACCGUCGGAGGCUCCUCUAGUGAAACCCAAGUCGAGAAGAAGGUUCUAGCUUCAAACCCCAUCAUGGAGGCUAUCGGCAAUGCCAAGACGACGCGAAAUGACAACAGCAGUCGUUUCGGCAAGUACAUUGAGAUCCGGUUCAACCGACUCCAUCACAUCGUUGGUGCCAACAUGCGGACGUAUCUUCUGGAGAAGUCACGUGUGGUCUUCCAGGCCCCAGAGGAGAGGAAUUACCACAUCUUCUACCAGCUUUGCGCAUGCUGCGAUCAACAAGAUGUGAAGGAGUUGGCUUUAGGCAGCGCAGCAGACUUCCACUAUACCAAUCAAGGGGCUACCGAUAGUUAUUCCAAUGGUCAUCCAGAUGAGUUCUAUUAUACCAGUCAGGGGGAAGCACCCACAGUAGAUGGGAUUGAUGACAAGGCCAAUUUGGUAGAGACCAGGGAAGCUUUCAAGUUAUUAGGUUUUAAGGAGGACAUGGUGAAACAGAUAUUCAGAAUCAUUGGAGCUGUACUUCACUUUGGCAAUGUAGAGAUUCGACCUGAUCAGCAUGAAAGUAGUAAGAUUGAGGUUGAGAAUGAGAGCCUACCAAUCCUGUGUAAUUUACUUGGUAUUGAGGAAGAUGCCAUGCGGAAAUGGCUAUGUAACCGGAAGAUCGUCACAGUACAAGAGGUCCUUACUAAACCACUCAGGCGUGAUAUGGUAGGUUUAAAAAAAGAGUUGUAGCGCUGGUCAGCUCAGAGCAUGAUUGUGCAUGAUUUCUUCUCUAAUGGUAACAAGAUAAUUGAUGACCCAAUUUCUUGGUUAUUUGGAGAACAUAUUUGAAAUUGUAUAUGCACAUGCCAGUGUCUUGAGUCUGUCAAUUUCUUUGCUCAUUUUCCUUACAUUGAUCAAGUCCAGAGGUUUUGAAAGGAAAGGCACGGCUUACAAUCAUUAAAUAGGUCAAUUCUGCAUUCAUCACUUAAACUUUUUUUUUUCCAUUUAUGAUAGUCACAGAUUUGAUAGUAAUAUAAUUUCUCAAUAAAUUACCCAUUAAGGGGGCCCUGUCAUGAAGCAGUUGAACUUGAUUCCAUUUUGUUGAUGAUAUCCUUCCCAAAAGUUUUAUAGAAUGUCCCUUCUAUCAUGUUUUUUCUAGGUAUGCAUGGGUCAUGUUCCAUUAGCAUGUUACUUUGUGCUUCGAGUGAUUGACUUGAAUGAAAUGAUAUGGGGGGUCUCCCAUAACUUUUCAAUAUCAUUAUCAACAACUUUUAGCACAUUUUAAACUUUUCUUCAUAGUACUGGCUUUAGGCUGAAUGGCCACUAUUGGGGGAAGAAUUUUGAUGGAAAAAACUUUUGUUGGUAAAAAAGUCUAACAAACAGCAGAUGAAAAUGUGCUUUUCCACAUUCUCUAUCAUAUUUGAUAAAUACAUCACCUCAAAAUUUCAGUCUUUUUAAAAAUCACUUGAUUCACCUGUUUGAUAAAUAAACUAAGAAAAUUUAUUUGGUGAUCAUAUCACAGAAAAAUUUGAAUGCCAAUUGCAUUUAUGCAAGCAAAUGGAGUAUAUAUUCCCAACACUUUGUACUUUAGACUCAGGCCAUCAUUUCAUGUCGGAAGGCUAUAGCAGCCAGAGUUUUCAUUUUUCUAACAGGUGAUAGGUAGAAGUAACUUUUCUCCACCAAAUGCCGGGGUCCAAGGCACCCCUAAUUGCGGAAAUAAAUGCGAGAGUAAGAUGUUUAUCCAUUGCGUAGGGGAAGUUUUCCCAACUGUUAUCAGUUUCUGGCUAAAAUGAGUGUGCUGACAGCCCGUCUAAACUUUCCUUCGUCUCCACCGCCUCUCCAAAGACCUUUCUCAUGCUUGUGAAACUCAACGAGUGUAAAAUUGACGGGAACCACGGCCAUGUUGGAAAGUGCAAUCAGUGAACGAUGCAAGAGCAUUACUAGAUCAGUGAACCCCACCAAUCCAUGAACUGAUCACUGCGCUUCAUGUCUCUCGCUGUCACACCCUGCGCAUAGGUGACAGCUGGGUAUCUCAUUGAUACUCAAAUGCCAUGGAUUGCGUCAGCUGGUUAAUGUCACAUCAGUACAUCGUAACUUGUAGAGAAAGAGGGAUAAAAUCAGGGUACUGAUAAUUGAUAAAUGCCACCGAUGCUAUUGGGAAUAGUUGGCUUCAUUUCUCAAUUUAUGGUUUUGAACUGUUCUUUCCUCCGUCUCACAGCUGACAGAAUGAAAGGGAAAUGAUAAUGGAAACCAUACAUUUGUGCAUGGAAAUAUAUAGCUGCUUCGUAUAUUUACCCCCUUGUAUAUGCAUCUUGUUAAUAGUAAAAAAAAUUGGAAAGGAGUUCAUUGUUCUAAAAUAUACCAUACUUUAAGUGUUGAUUAGUUUAAUUGUACUUUAUUUCAUUCUUCCGUCAUGAUUUUUUGAAUUCAUAGUUUUCACCUGUAAAUGAAACGCUUUGAAAAUAUUACUUGAAGAAUGCCAUGUCACCUCAUACCAAGGAGGAGUUUCACUAAUCAAUAUUGCACAUCCCCCCGAGCAUGACUUGACCAAUGCGAUGAUUCAUUGUAUAAUGCACGCAACUGUGAAUUUAAGUGUAAUUUUAAUUUACACUUGAAUCUAUAAAACCAACCAGGUCCCAGAUGCCUUUGCCUCCAUUAAUUUCCAAAACAUUAAUCUAUGAUUCAGUUAUGUAACUCAAUUCAUAUGAACUUGAUCCCUUCCAUAAACUUGACUCCAGGUUUGAUUAUCUCUGAGUCCUAUAAAUAGUUGUGUGAGAGAUGCCAUUAGGUAGGAGACGAUUGAGACUUGCGUUCCUACCGUGGCUUCCAACCUGGAAAUGCUCAUUUCCUACCAAUCAAGCUAUUGACUCCUAUCUAAAUGACACCCAAAUGCUUAGAGGCCUACGUCUCACUGACUUGUCUGUAUACCCCAAACCAGGCUUUGUAUUAUGUCAAUAUCACAUAUCUUACAGAAUUAAAAAACUUUUAAGAAAGAUAUCAGUUGCAGAAAGAUUAAUAUACUCAUCAAAUCAGAAGUUGGGAGGAUUUGAUUAAAGCAGCAUGACCCAUUUUCUGAAGUAUAGUUUAACAUUUGUAGGCCAUGAUCUAAAUCUGUGCUAAAGUUAUGGGAACCCUAAAUUUCAAUUUUUUUUAAACAAUGUUAUGUAUCUUGUAUUCACUGUGUUAUAUCCCCAUGCUGUAAUAAUAAAAAAAAUAUUCCCCUGGGAAUUUAGCACCAAAUAUACCAACAAAUUGAACCUCAACUUUCAGAGCUUAGUGUCAUAAUAUGCUAUUCACAAUUAAAAUACAACUUUAAAUUAAGAGUUUAAAUCAAUCGGACACAUGAGUUAAUGACAAGGAAAGUUUGAAGUUGUGUUAAUUUGAGACAUGUGCCUUGAUGUUUAAUCUUUAGUUACAUGUAUCAAGUUCCCAUAAAAUGGUGCUUGCUAAUGAUACCAUACCUUUUCACAUUAACUUAGCAGCAUAUUAACAAGCUCUUUAUAUUCACAGUAUGGCGUGUGAUUUUCUGUGUAGAAAGUUCAAGAAUUUGUCAUGUUUGUGGCAGAUAUCAAAGGGAAGAAAUAGCAGAUUUAACGUGACACAUUUCCACAUUUGCCUCAACAUGGUUUGUGUAACUUUUAUAACAUUAGCAUUUCAUGGUAUGGGGUGUAAAACAUGUUGAAUUGGAAUGAAAUUACAGACUUCUGGAAACUGAUUAAUAAAUGCAGCAACUUACAUGUACCAUGGGAAAAUUUCCUGAAACAAAUACUAAUUUGCACUGACUAAUAUUUUU